AUGGAGGUAUUCUACUACAUGGUGUUCGGGGCGCUGGCGGCGGUGGUGGCGGCGUUGGAGCUGAGCAAAAGCAACAAAGAUCGGAUCAACACCUCCACGGCCUUCAAUUCGUUCAAGAACAAUUACUUGCUCGUCUACUCGCUGAUGAUGGCCGGUGACUGGCUGCAGGGUCCAUACGUUUACUACCUUUACAGCACUUAUGGUUUUGGGAAAGGUGAAAUUGGACAGCUCUUUAUUGCCGGAUUUGGGUCAUCCAUGUUGGGAAGGAAGAGAGCUUGUGUCACUUACUGUAUCACGUACAUUCUGAGCUGCAUUACCAAACAUUCUCCUCAAUACCGAGUUCUGAUGAUAGGACGUGUUUUGGGUGGUAUUGCAACAUCCCUCUUGUUUUCUGCUUUCGAAUCAUGGCUUGUAGCAGAGCACUUCAAGAGGGGUUUUGACCAGCAAUGGCUCUCAUUAACUUUCUCCAAGGCAAUCUUUCUUGGCAAUGGUCUUGUUGCUAUUAUAUCUGGACUCUUUGGAAAUAUGCUUGUUGAUUCCCUGAAUCUGGGGCCUGUAUCUCCUUUCGAUGCUGCUGCCAUACUUCUUGCUAUCGGGAUGGCAGUUAUAUUGUCAUCUUGGACUGAGAACUAUGGAGACCCUUCAGAUAACAAGGAUUUGUUUACUCAGUUCAAAGGUGCAGCUGUAGCUAUUGCUUCAGAUGAGAAGAUAGCAUUGCUUGGUGCAAUACAGUCUCUGUUCGAAGGCUCGAUGUAUACUUUCGUGUUCCUCUGGACGCCUGCCCUGAGCCCAAACGAUGAGGAUAUUCCCCAUGGUUUUAUAUUUGCUACUUUCAUGCUGGCAUCAAUGUUGGGAAGCUCGAUUGCUGCUCGCCUAUUGGCCCGCAACACAAUAAAAGUGGAGAGCUACAUGCAGAUCGUGUUUGUUAUUUCUUCCGGCUCCCUUUUGCUCCCCAUACUGACAAAUUUCUUGGUGCCGGCUCCAAAGGUAAAAGGGGGUGGCAUCUCAUUCUCGGGCUGUCUCCAGCUUCUUGGCUUUUGCACUUUCGAAGCGUGUGUUGGACUCUUUUGGCCGUCCAUUAUGAAAAUGAGAUCCCAAUACAUCCCCGAGGAGGCUCGAAGCACUAUAAUGAACUUUUUCCGUAUCCCACUAAAUAUAUUUGUUUGUGUCGUGCUGUAUAAUGUUAAUGCAUUCCCCAUCACGGUAAUGUUCGGCAUGUGCUCUAUCUUCCUUUUUGUGGCGUCCAUUCUGCAGAGGCGCCUUUCAGCAAUUGGAGAUAAGCCAAAGUCGGAAGAGUGGUCCAUGCUCAAGGAGAGAAAUACCGAAGCUGAGCCGUUGGAUGUUGCCUGA